CACACACAGCUCUUCAGACCCCUUCAGACCAGCUCAAACACACUCCACUGCAGUGUUUACUCCUGAUAUACUCCGGUGUAUCUGCUGAUUCUGGGAUCAUGUCUUACGGAGGAUCAGGCUCAGUGUCUCGAGGAGAGUUCAGCGUUCAUUUCUCCAGCAGACGAGGAGCAGGACUCAUACGAGCAGAAGAGGCCGCAGGUAUCGCUCUCCUGGCCGUCAUCCUCACAGCGCUGCUCAUUCUGGGCUGCUGGUUUUAUCGGAAACGCGGCGGAUAUAAGAUGAUCCGGAGUGGACGCGGCGGUGGUGGUGGUCAGUCGUGGAGGGAGAUGAUGAGAGCCGGUCAGUACAGCGAGUCUGGAUCUGGAGAAGAGAACAAACUGGCCAUGACGGAGUUCAGCAGCCUACAGCCAGCGAUCCCCAACGCUCCUCCAGCAUACGAGAAGAUCGCCUCUGGACCAUCACCUCCACCAUACACACCUUAAAACACACACACACACACACACACACACACACACACACACACACACACACACACACACACACACACACACACACACACUGAGGAAAACAUCUGUGUUUCUCUGCAGGAUGAAGAGCCCUGAAUAUCAUCUGCAGUCAUCACCGCUGGACUGAAAACUCAACGACUACAGCAUUCCUUCAUUAUUAUCAUCAAUUUCUAUUCAUUAACUGUUAGAUGUGAAGCUCAGAAGUGUAAUAACUACUGAAAAGUUCUGGUUUUAAUUCAAUGUAUUUAAAAGGAAAGCACUCUUGGGAUGCAGCGAUACCAUUUAUUAAUGAUAGAGUUUGAACAAUGAGUCACUUCAAAAAUAGUCACUAUUAAUAUCACUGAAACUGUAUUUAAAUGACAUUUCUAAUAUCUAAUAAUAAUAAUAAUAAUAUCUAAAAUCCCUAUAAAUCUCAUCAUAUAGACAACAGAAAUCACUCUUAGUUUAAAAUUGGAGUCAAAAAUGGGCCUUUUAGGUUUAUUAAAAGUUAAUACAUAAGCAUUUUAAUAACACACAUAACAUUCCUUAGUGCAGUGUUUCCCAACCCUGUUCCUGAAGGCACACCAACAGUACACAUUUUCAACCUCUCCCUAAUCAAACACACCUGAAUCAUCUCAUCAUAACAUCAGAAGAGACUCCAACACCUGAAGUUAAUGUGUCAGAAAAGGGAGACAUCCAAAAUGUGUACUGUUGGUGUGCCUCCAGGAACAGGGUUGGGAAACACUGCCUUAGUGAACAGAAUUACUCUGCGACAAACACAGGAGCACACAAUUAUAAAGGUACACAAAUAUAUGCAUCAAAAUGCAUGUUUCAAAGCAAUAAACAUAUUUUCACUGAAUAUUUCAGCCUGUUAUCCUUUGUUUCAUGUUCAGUUGUCUUGAUGAAUUUAACUUUUAGUCCAAAAAAUGAUUAUGAAUAAUAUAUUUGUUUACAGGCGUCACGGUGGCGCAAUGGGUAGCACGAUCACCUCACAGCAAGAAGGUCAGUGGUUUGAGUCCCAGCUGGCAUUUCUGUGUGGAGUUUGCAUGUUCUCCCCCUGUUGCCGUUGGUUUCCUCUGGGUGCUCCGGUUUCCCCCACAGUCCAAACACAUGCGCUAUAUUGAUGAACUGGCCGUAGUGUAUGAGUGUGAAUGUGUGGGUGUUUCCCAGUACUGGGUUGCAGCUGGGAGGGCAUCCGCUGUGUAAAACAUAUGCUGGAUAAGUUGGCGGUUCAUUUCGCUAGGGACGAAGGGACUAAGCCAGAAAAUAUGCAUGAAUAUUUGUUUACAAAAAUACAAUUCCUCUGCUUUUCUGAAAUGAUUUACACAUGAAUUUAUUUAUAGUAUUUAAGGAAAGUGUAUUAUAACUAAUUAAAUCAUGUAAAAAUAAACAGAAAUUACUUUUUCAGGAGAUGAAGUAAUUUAAUUACAGUAACUGGUUAACUAAUUACAGCCAGCACUGAGUAGAAGUAGUUUUUUCCCGAUACUGGAUAUUGACAUUUUUCUAGGAUGUGCCAGUUUUCCAAGUAUGACAUUAAUUCAUUAUUUUUUUUGGCUCAGCCCCUUUAGUAACCAGGGAUCGCCACAGCGGAAUGAACCGCCAACUUAUCCAGCAUAUGUUUUACACAGCGGAUGCAACCCAGUACUGAGAAACACCCAUUCGCACACACACUCAUACACUACAGACAAUUCCCCAGUAGUGCAUGUGUUUGGACUGUGGGGGAAACCGGGGAGACACAACAUGUGGAGAACAUGCAAACUCCACACAGAAACACCAACUGACCCAGCCCGGACUCAAACCAGCGACCUUCUUGCUGUGAGGCCACAGUGCUAACCAUUGACCCACCAUGUCGCCCCCAAGUACGACAGUGAGAGUAAAUUUGAAUACAGCUUUUCCAUAAUUAUGAACAAUAACUCUAUUUUUCCUACUUAUCACAAUAAUAUAACAUAAGGACAUAAACUAAUAAUAAUAUUAAUAAUAGCAUUUCUUUAUCAACCGGUCACAAAGUUCUCCAAAACUAAUUUCACUGAACAAAUAUUUUAACACAACACCAUCUAACAAAUUUCAAUGUGCAAUAAUCAAAAGUAUUAGUAUAAGUAUUUGAUAUUGGAUGUUUUUCACGAGAUUGAGAUCAGUAUCGGUGCAUCCCUAAUUUAAACUCAUUCAGUCUUGUAUUGUUUAAUGUUUCCUGCUUAAAAAUGUCAGAUUGGUGCAUUAACAGAAUCAGCACUAUGAACAGAUAGAGCUGCUGCACAUGUAGUUCACUUCUGUACUGUCUUCUGAUGUCUUGUUACUGAUUAUAUUUAAACUGUCAUCUGUAUCAAACACAUGUAUGACUGAACAGCA